GUGUGUGCUACAAUAUAUAUAGAAUUGAUGGCUCUAUCAAGAAAAUACCAGCUAUACCUCAAGCUUGCAGUCAUAUCUAUCUGUUUCUUCUCUCUCACUUUGUUGCCUCCUAAAACAGAUUCAGGUGGGAUUAAGGAAUCAACGGCUGAGAAUGAGCAGACGAUAUUGGGAUCUCGGCCACCUGGCUGUGUGAACAAAUGCAUGAGCUGCAGACCAUGCGAGGCAACCCUAGUUAUCCCAACUCACAAGAUGGUAAUCAGUAGUAGUAGUAGAAGUAGUACAAGAAUCAAAGGCAGGGGUAGUUUUGUAAAAUCAUCUCGUAGAGAAGAUGAUGAUACCUACUAUCUCCUCUCUUGGAAAUGCAGGUGUGGCAAUAAGUACUACCAUCCUUAAUUAAGCUUCAUGUAAUUAAAACAAUUGCUUAUUAAUAUUAUUAAUUUGAUUCUCUUUU